AUGCGAGGUCUCACAGCAGUAGCCACGUGCCUGCCAUUGGCGGCCCCGGCCUUGCUCGCGGGCGCGUCGCAUGACACAUUCUCGUCUCCUACGGUGGACUCAAAGCUACUGACAGCAGGAUAUGCCAUGCCCGCAGACGAGCCGGAACGGCCGGGAAAGGACAAUAAGCUUGCAGUUGUUGUUCCUGCGUACAACGGGGAUCUCGAUCGCGCGGUUGCGUCCCUCGGGCGGUGGCCAACCGACUGCUCACCCUUAACCGUCCAGUACGUGGAUCUCGUGCUGUACUACGCGGAGGGAGAGGAGGACAGCGAGGCCGUGGGGGCAGCGGUGGAGAUGAUCGCUGCCACCGCCGGCCGCUGCUUCGCUGAAGUUCGCACCGUGUACGCGCAUCUAGAACAGGAUGAGGACAUGUACCCGAAAGGUCCCUCGGUGAUGUUUUUCAAGAUGUUCCUGGACGAGGGCGUCCGUGCCGAGCUCUCGGAGUAUGACGCCCUCGCCAUCAUCGAAUGGGACGUGCUGGUCGCCACCGACCGGUCGUUCGAGGAGCUCUACCACGCGGCAUUUCGGGUGAACGAAGAGUUCUGGGUCAAGGGCAGCAACCUCGAGGGUACCAACUUCCACUCCAGCGCCGACGUGACGGACAUGUGGAGGGUGAUGGGUCACAUCAACGGGAACGCCAUCUACAACAACAACGACCCGGCGUUUGCCGAGUACGUGGACUACACCCGCGCCCGGUUCAAGUACCGGUACCCUUACGACGUCGCUCUCUGGCUCACCAUCUCGGAUUUCCCGUACAGCUGGCCCCUUUACCAACGGUACUCGAGAAAGUUCGUCACCACCAACCUGGUGAGAUGGAGCAACACCCGAAGAAACACGAAAAGGGGGGGGGGGGAGGAGGGGGUAUACUCAUAG